GGCUCAGAAGGCGCACAGGUGUGGGGCUGAGGCGCUGAGGCGGCGGUGGACGCUGGCGUCGUCUGCCCAAGUAGACCAGGCCCAGGGGUUCUAGGAAGGUCCGGCAGCUUUGCUUACUUGCUUAAAUUUCUUCGGAAGCCCCCAAAUCAGUACUCACAGUACUUUCAAGGUCAUGCAAGAACAGACACAGACCAGCAAAAAAUUCAAGUCACCUGAGGCACAGGUUCCCAACUGAAGUGCAACAAGAUAAUUCUUUGCCUUCUUGUUUCAAUUAUAUUGUCAGAUAUAAGUGAAAUUUAGGCAGUCCCUGGCUCUCAGAAAAUCAUGCCUGGAUGACCAGAAAAAGAUGAACCGUGCUCCUAUCUGAGCAGUUCGUACAGGAAGCAGAGACUCAUCAUUGAGGAAAUCAGGGCUUCUCUGGGGAAGGUUCCAGAAAAAUGGGCUUGCUGAAUCAGAAAGAAUGAAUACUUUCUUGUUCAGUUGCCAAGUCACAUCUGACUCUCUGCAACCCAAUGGACUGCUGCAUUCCAGGCUUCCCUACUCUUCACUAAGUCCCAGGAUUUGCUCAAACUCAUGUUCAUUGAGUCAAUGAUGCCAUCCGACCAUCUUGUCCUCUAUCCCUGCUUCUCCUCCUGCCCUCAGUCUUUCCCAGCAUCAGGGUCUUUUCCAGUGAGUCUGCUCUUUGCAUCAGGUGGCCAAAGUAUUGGAGCUUCAGUUUCAGCAUCAGUCCUUCCAAUGAAUAUUCACGGUUGAUUUCCUUUAGGAUUGACUGGUUUGAUCUCCUUGCUGUCCAAGAUACUCUCAAGGGUCUUCUCCAGCACAGUUUGAAUGGAUCAGUUCUCCAGCACUCAGCCUUCUUUAUGGUCCAACUCUCACAUCUGUACUUGGCUGCUGAAGAAACCAUUGCUUUGACUAGAUGAACCUUUGUCGGCAAAGUAAUGUCUCUACUUUUUAAUGUGCUGUCAAGGUUUAUCAUAGCUUUUCUUCCAAGAAGGAAGCAUUUUAUUUCAUGGCUACAGUGGCUGUCCACAGUGAUUUUGGAGCCCAAAAAAAUAAAAUUUGUCACUGUUUCCACUUUUUCCCCAUCUGUUUGCCUGAAAUGAUGGGACCAGAUGCCAUGAUAUUAGUUUUUUGAAUGUUGGAUUUUAAGCCAUCUUUUUACUCUCCUCUUUCACCCUCAUCAAGAGGCUCUUUAGUUCCUCUUCACUUUCUGCCAUUAGGGUAGUGUCAUCUGCAUAUCUGAGGUUGUUGAUAUUUCUCCUGGCAAUCUUGAUUACAACUUGAACUUCACCCAGCCCAGCAUUUCUCAUGAUAUACUCUGUAUAAAUUAAAUAAGCAGGGUGAAUAUAUAUAGCCUUGACGUACUCAUUUCCCAACUUUGAACCAGUCUGUUGUCCCAUGUCCAGUUCUAACUGUUGCUUCUUGUCCUGCAUACAGACUUCUCAGGAGACAGAAGGGAAGAAUGUACACCAUGGGGCAGCAAGGUGUGAGGGGGCAGUGAAGGAGGCACCUCAGGAAGGAGAAAAGAACCUACUAUGGACUUCUGGCUUUGGGGAGGGCAGAAGAGCAAAGAUAAAAGCUGAAAUGGCUCAAGAAGCAGAAGUCACUCAUACUAGCUGCCAGAGAGGAGUGUUUGGUAUUUCAUGGAUUACAUGGAGAUUUUGAAGUGGGUGUUCUGUGAGAUUGUUUACUUCCAAGAGGAGAGCAGCAUGGCUCUGCUAAAAAAGUCUGAGCAAACCACAACCACUGUUUAUGUCUGGGCCUUCAUUGCUCAAUCUCAGCAGCAGUAAUGAAGGAUGAAGAUCAACCUGGAGCAGAUUGGACCAGGUUCCAGAAAGCACAGACCUAAUAGCAAAAUCAUCCCAAGAGGGUAUCCUAUGCAGAGGAAGGUUUGGGGAAAGGCCCUAAGACGAUGCUCCUACAGAACCCACGUUCUUAAUCAACGUUAAUAAAACCUAUUUGGCACUAUUCAACGGCCAGCAGCAGACGCAGAAAGUGUCCCGCCUCUAAGGAGUUCUCAGUCGCUACACACUGUCGGGUACUGACUGGACUCCCAGCGUUCGGGCGAGUUCUUGGAGAGGGCCGAUCUCCACCAAAACCAAGCUGGGAAAAGGGACGAAGCCACAAAAGGUUUUGCUUAGCCCUGGAGGAGUGGAGCGUUGGGAUCCUCUAGCUCGGGACUUCGGGCGGGCUUCUGGGAGCUGCUUUAGGCGCAGGAAAAUCCCGGCACCAAGUUGUCUCCCCCGAAAGCGCUCAGAAGUCGUGUCCGCGCCCUAGCCACACGGAUCCCAGAAAGCCUUCACCGCGUAGAGGAUACGGGUACCCCAACCCUGGUGCCCAGCUGGUGGUAGUCCAGGUGACGGGCGACAGAGAUAAUCUGGGCUGCUCCUAUCUCUGGCAGGACUAGACCGGGCGUGGAGAAAGGCAAGAUUUGGCCGCCGCGGGAGGGCAGGAACUUGUGCUUUGGCGUGGUCCUGCGCGCUCGGAGCGCGCUGCUGCACUAUCGUCCUACUAGCUUCCCUUUCCUGGGGCCUGGCUGGCUCUGGCAAAUUGAGGUGUGGGUGGCUCCCGGAGCCGAGGCUAGCGCGGCAGUAGCUCCAGACCCCCUCCCUCAUCCCCCGCCAACGGGGGCGGGAAGCUGUGGGGUGGGAGUAGCGGAGCGUGAUUGCCUGAGGCCCCUCCUGCCGUGCGAGGGAGAGCCAUAAAAACCCUGUUGCAACCUGCUCCGGACACCCCCUUCCGCCGGCUGUCACCCCUGGAAGAGACGCGCCAGACUACUGAGCCCUAGCCGCCGAGCCACGCCCGCCGCCCAGCCAGCCAGCCCGCCACCAUGCUGGGUAGCAAGCGACUGGGGUUGUCCGGACUGACCCUCGCCCUGUCCCUGCUCGUGUGCCUGGGCGCGCUGGCCGAGGCGUACCCCUCCAAGCCUGACAACCCCGGAGAGGACGCUCCGGCGGAGGACUUGGCCAGAUACUACUCAGCGCUGCGACACUACAUCAAUCUCAUCACCAGGCAGAGAUACGGGAAACGUUCUAGCCCCGAGACCCUGAUUUCAGACCUCUUGAUGAGAGAAAGCACGGGAAACGUACCCAGAACUAGGCUGGAAGACCCUUCUAUGUGGUGAUGGGAAAUGAAACUCGCUCUCCAGUCUCUGUCUCUUUUUCAACCCCCGUUUCAUCCUGUAAAACUAGAGUCUGCCUGUCCUCCCAAUGCAUGCAGCCCCGUGC